AUGGCUUCCGACACAGGCCUGCCACCAGGCAGGACGUUCCAAGAGCUGUUCAUCAUACUUGUACCAUCAUUACUGAUCCCAGCUUUCUUUCUUCUCGUCCGAAAAUCGCAGUCGGCUCCCAACCCUUACGUCUACGAGAGGUUGGGCCAGAAGGGAACACCAAAUCUCUCGGACGAGGAAAACCUCGAGUACACAAAACCCCCAAGUACUAGCAAGUCGCAAGAUUGGCGGUUGAAGGCCAUCCUUUGCCAUCCCAUCAAGUCUUGUCAUGGAUUCGAGCUAGAUUCGGCCAAGAUCGAUCGAGCUGGCAUCUUUUGGGAUCGUCAAUUUGCCAUAGCAGAAUGGUCGGAGCUGAAAUCGAAGCCCGGCGAGCAGAAGAAGCAUGGAUGGAAGUUCCGGACCCUGCGACAGCCAGGAUAUAACAAGCUUGCCCUAGUGAAGCCGGAAGUCUGGCUCAAGAAGGGCUCGGAUACUGAUGGUCUGCUUGUUGUCCGAUACCCUCUAAUACCAACCGGUGCUUUCGCGCCUCUGCGGCGACUGUUAAUCCGGAUCAAGUUAUUGCCUAAUGAGACAUCUUUCCAGGUUCCAUUUACACCUCCGAAGGAUCACGACUACCCCAGGGAGGUAAUGGAGAUCUUUAGCGACGCACCUACCUGGCUAAAUUACCAAAGACACGUUCCCUCCAGCCUGCAGACAGUCUUCGGUGCGAAGAAUCCCGUCACCUUAUUUCGAGUCGAUCCUGCUUCGUAUCGAGAAGUACACGGAAAUGCGCCGAAGCCGAGCGAGAUCGGUUAUCAACCAGUUGCAGCAGCUGCAGACUCUUUCCCGCUCAGCAUACAGAAUCUGGCGUCAAUACGGGAUGUUGCCGACAAGGUGAAAGAAGACAUCCCGCAUCUCUCUGUUCGUCGAUUUCGACCUAAUCUGGUCGUGACCGGCGGCAGUGCAUUCGACGAAGACGACUGGCAACGGAUCAAGGUUGGAGACAAUGAGAUUAUUUGCUCAUGUCAUACAACAAGAUGCAAAUUGCCUUGCGUAGAUCCUGACACGGCUGAACGACAUAACAGCCAGCCCGAGCAGUACCUCCGGAAGAACCGUGAUGUGGAUGAAGGUGCUCCGCAGAAAGGUUGUCUCGGUCUUCAGAUGGUACCAGCAACGGACAAAGUGAUCGAGAACAGGGUUGGAGAUCCUGUCCAAAUACUUGAGCGUGGUAAACAUUUCUUCAUCAAAUAA